AUUAUUAAACAAAGCGUUCUGAUGCGAGUACGUAGCGCAAAAAUUAAAUCCAAAUGAGCAUGUUAGCCUUUACCUGACGAGAGGAAAGUGUGGCUUUGCCUUUGCAAAGGCCGAACCGCGGGCAGUAGCAAAACAACGGUGUGCAAUAGCAAGUGCGUGUUUUAAAUUUAAUUGAAGUUGAUUAGCCCAAUUACAGAUUCGGCGGAUUAAUUUUGUGGGGAUCAUGGGGAAUAAAAUGUGCAAGAAAAAGUUUGAUAACCCGGAUAACUCUAAGGGUCCUUCCGCUUUUGACAGGAUAUUUACGAGAUUACACUUGAAACCAAAUUCAUGGAAGUCGGACUCCAAUUUAAACACAAAACGAAUGAACAAAUACGAAGUCACAUCCAAGGAUGCCCGGCAUAAAAAUGGAUUAGUAAUAAAGUCAAAGUCGUCCGAUUGGACCGACCACGAAUUGGAAGUAUCCGAAAAAGACGAAGUAAUCCACCUGAAAAACCCCCAAUUGAGUUUCAUUUUCAACGAUGACACGACACCAACGCCGCCACCACGGAAACACAAGAAAAGCAUUCGUGAAAAAAUCGAAUCUGUCGCCAAAAACAGCAUUCAAGCCUUGCAAUCGAAGAAAACGAACGAGGAUACGAAAGCAAUCGAAAAGGAACCCAAACCGAUGUUGGCAGAGGAACCCGUUUGCGUGAAGAAGACUAUUUAUUACGGCUGCCCAUGUGGAAAUGCAGACAGUUGUAGCCAUAAACGAACACAUAAACUCGAAAAACCACCAGAAAAGGAACCAUCGCGCAAGAAGAACCUGUCCACGUCCUCCCUACCGACAUAUACCGAACUAAAAUUCAGCGUUGCGAAUUCCGACGCAAGUACCUUAAAACACAUAGACUCCUCAGUGAGUACAUCAGCAAACUCUUUGCCGGGCGAGGUAAAAAAAACUACCAACGCGGGAGGAGGUAAAUUGGAAAACUACAUGACCAGGUGUAGAAGCUUCGGCUCGCUCUUAAACAACAAACUGAAAUCUCCAAAAGUCCCGGCGGAUAACGAAAGUGACGACUCCUUCGGCGGACUGGAGGAUUGGGAUUUGGGAAUCUUGGAGCAUUACAAUCCGAAGGAUACCAGCUUGCCUCGUCCUCGCAAAUUGAAGAGCGAAAAGGACGUCAUUUCCGAUAUCGAAAAGUUGAUCGUUCCCGACGAAGAACUGGAAGUAACGCCGCCCGUACGUCCGUUGCGUAGGUCCGAAUCUUUACUAAAAAAGGAGAUCGUCGAAGCGGCGGAGAGCAGACCGUCGCCCUCGCCACAGCUAACGGCCGACGAUAACACGCCGUUGAUUACCAGCUUCCCCACGCACGACGAGAAUGGCAAGGUUGAGCAUUCGAGCCUGAUGAGAAUUCUUCAGGAGUACAGUGUGAAAGAUGUGGCGGUACGUAAAUGGGACGAAAACGUGCGACAUUUAAACGACAAGAACGUCACGGCCGAUUUCUUAACAGUCGAGAAAGAGAGUGUUAGUUGAACUGUGAUGGUAUCGCCUACUCACAUUCUGUAUUAGCAAUACAAUGACGCGAAAAGACAAUCUAUGCCAACCAUGCAUUUGCCUUUUAUGGCAAGGAAGUAAGCAAAUUUUACUUUUGCGAUGGGGUCAAAAGGUAGCAAUGUAUAUAUGUUUGUUGAUGUACAUAAAAUAAUUAGCUUUUAGAAAUUAAGCCUAAUUAAGUGUACUAUUAUGUUCAUGUUUAUUUUUUAAUAGACUGGUUAUCUUCAG